UGGGGCCGGGAGCGCUGAAGUCCGCGCGUGGCCUCGCCGUACUGGAGGCUGCGCCCUCUCGGGGCCUCCCCUUCUAAGUAGCCCUGGGGCGAAAGGGGGUGGUUGCCCCUUGGGGAGAGGGGGUUUACGACCGUUAAGGCGGUUACGAUUUAAAAGGUCAUCAUGGUUCUCCAGCAUAUCUUCAGGCUUUCUUCCCUCUUCCGUCUUGCCAGCGCCUUGCACUUGCGAAGGAACAUUGGGCUUUCUGCCAUUGCAUUUAACAAGGCAAAGGAGCUGGAUCCGGUCCAGAAGCUCUUUGUGGACAAGAUUAGAGAAUACAGUUCAAAGAGCCAGAAAGCAGGGGGUCCAGUUGAUGUGAGCCCUGAAUACCAGAAAGAUAUGAAUGAAGAAAUAAUGAAACUUCAGCGGUUGUAUGGUGGGGGAGACCUAACCAAAUUUCCAGAUUUUAAAUUUGAGGAACCCAACUUGGAAGCAGCUCAGAAGUGAUCUUGGAACCCUGGGUUUUCCAAGCAGCAGUGUUUUCUCAUGGAACUGUUGUUGGAUAGGCUGGCAGCUGUAACAUAAUAAAUGUUGUGGUUCACUUUCA